AGAACAUUGACAUGUUCCUCUCAUACCUAUUGGUGAAUGACCCCAUGUUUCCAAGUGAUGUUGUAAAGGUUAAUGUUGUUGGGGAGAGGGAAAGCAAAACUUGACUGCAAACAUACAUCUAAAAUGAAGAGCCCCCGAACUUUUGAGGAACAAACGGCAUGCAUAGUGGAUGCUCUCCUCGCCGACUUCUUAGGCCCCGCUUGGCAGGUUGGUAACCGGACCCUACAACGUGCAGAGGAACCAGAUGCAGGGGAGGUUUCCUCUUUUGAUGUGGCCAUCAUUGCGGGUCGCCUUCGGAUGCUGGGUGACAAAUUCAAUGGAGAAUUGGAAGCUUCUGCCAGAAAUGUCAUCGCAGGAACCAUUCGGGGACAGGCAGGAACUGUACUUCAGAACACAGUGAAAUCUCUCAGCAAUGCCUGGUGUACCCAAGAUUCCAGCUUGGCUUACGAGAGAGCCUUUCUGGCAGUGUCUGUGAAGCUUCUUGAACACGUGGUCCGCAUGGCUCCUGAGGUGGCAAGUCAGCUGGCGAGGCCCAUGAUGAAUAUGAUCAAUGGCAACACUGCCAUCCGAGAGUACAUCCAGGGCCAGGGAGGAUGGGAAAAUCUGGAGGGCUGAAGAAGAGAUGUAGCUGUUUCCCAGCCUGAACAGGACUUCUUUGACUGAUCGGAUGAUUGAUCUCUGGUGAUUAAAAUCGAG